AGACGAAGCGGAAGCGGAAGUAGCAACGGCAGUAAUUCAAGUUAAAGUUUUGUUUCAUUUGUCUUUUGUGCUUCUCCGAAAGCUAAAAAAAAAACGUCUUUGUGCUGCUCCAAUCCCUCAAGAAACGUUCUUUUGUUUGUGACGUUGGUCACACAUUGUGAGGAAUUCUCUUCGUUGCGGUUUCAGUCGAAAAAACAAUUCGGAGAAUCCAGACCAGACCAGUUUGCCAACAUGGACGCCAAGCAAGGAGUUCCGAGACUCGCUGGUGGACAUGUACAGAGAUAACCCGCAAGUGAACCAAGAGCUUCGACAGCGACUUCCUUCACCUGGACAGCAAAAACUGAGCCCCACUUACAGCCUUGCCCCGACCCUGGCUCCAGUGGCCCCCAGAUCCAGUCCAGAGCCAGCUGAACGGCCUGCAGUCCUCCAGGUUCUCCCAAGCUCUCCGCGUUCCAGCUGCCCCCCGCUUCCGUCACACAGCGGGGCGGUUCAUCAGGUGUCCUCCAGAACCUCAGGAGGUGUCCGAGACAUGGAGGCGGACCUUUCACCCAAUACACGCUCUCCUCUGUGGCCUGAGAUGUGGGAUGGAGGAGGACAGUCUGCUGCCUCUGCAGGUCCAUCAGCGAGUGGACUCGUCAGCAGCGGCCAUCAAGACGCCAGAGCGUCUUCUGACCAGGUUCCACCUCUGGACAGAGACAAGAAGGUGGCGCUGUUACUCAGGGAGCUGGAUGCACUGAGAGACACCAACAAGAAGCUGCUUGACCAGCUGAGCCUGAAGGAGGAGGAGCUACAGAGGAGGGAGGUGGAGCUGAGGGCGGAGCAGAAGGAAGCCGAAGCCUGGGAAAGACCUUCAGAGUUGCUGGACCAGCUGUUAUGUGCUCACAAGGACAGAGACGAGGCACUGAUGUCUCGAGUAUUGUUGGCCAAUCAGGAGCGAGAUGAGGCUCUACAUCGUGUCAGUCAACUGCAGCAAGAUGCUAGAAGUGACUCCGACACAAUGGCGUUAGAAGACUGUGACCUGGAAGUCGAGGAACUCCUCCAGCGUGUUUGUGACUCCGCCUCCGUGCAGGAGGUCACACGCUUUGGCUCCGCCCUGGUUCAACGUCUGCGGCAGGCAACGCAAAGACGUCAUGACAUCACAAGUCAGGAGAUGAAGGCCGUGAUGGACGAGAGAGACAGGUCGCUCGCCAAGUGUAGACGACUGGAACAGGAAGUGAUGCAGGAGAGACAGCAGAGGGCGAGCAAGGACAAGCUGAUCAAACUUCAUAAAGAGCGAGACGCGGCCAUGGUGGACAAGAAGCGACUGGAGGGCGAGCACGCGCUACAAGUCAAUACCAGCGCUGUGCAACUUGUCAAGUCUCCGCCCCCGGUCCCCGCUGAUGGCCCUCAGGAGGCUCCACCCCUGCUGGCUCAGCUGCAGCAGCUAGCCAAUGACAAGCAAAGCUUGGAGGCGGAGCUUGUGCGUUGCCAGGAGGCGGAACGAGAGGCCAGCGAGAGAGUGUGCAGGUUGGAGCGUCUCGUGGAGGUUUUGAGGAAAAAAGUUGGAACGGGAAGUCUGCGAGCCGUCGUCUGAUUGGUUGGUGUUUUUUCUACGUUUCUUGAUCGAUUGAAUGAUGUCAUCUUUUGUCACAUGUGACAACAAAUAUUGAUUAUUGUCUUCAUUUGGAUUGGAACCUUUCUUUUAUUUGGUGACAAAGCUUCACAUUAAAUCUUUGUCCGCUUGGUGCGCGUACGUCGUCCCUCCACGUGUACGUUUUGUCUCAGGGGUCCCGCGCUUUCUCCGUCCUUUUGUAAUACUUCAACUAAACGCACAACAAGACUUUUUCACCUCACUUUCACUUUUGUUGGCAACCUUCUGAUAAAAUGAAUUUCUAACGUUCCAUUUUUGGACCCCCCGCCCCAAACCACCACCGCCACCACUACCACCCAGGCCCCUAUGGGCCGACCUUGUGGUCACCAUGGCAACAGUGGACCACUCACCGUCAACUUGGGUGUCCCGCUCUUAAUCCCGCAGCUGCUAAUCUUCUUGUUGGGAAGAAAGACAACGUUUGUUCAUCUGGGUUUCUCACCACCACCUGUGAUUGACGGACGCCAACUUAGUCGCACGGAACCGUCCAACUAAUCUGGGCGCUGCUUGUGUCACUCGCUAACACGAACAAGACCCUCUUGAAGAACUUUAUGAAGGACCUAAUAAAGAACUUCUUGAGGAAGUGCUUGAAUCCCUCCCUGAGGGGCUCUUGGCAUGACCUUUGACAUUGAGUGGGAGGUUGGGGUUCUUGGUUCUUCUGGUAUCGGAACCGAGCUGAGGGUUCGCUUUGGACAUCAUCGCUUUGAUGUCACACAAACCUUUCAAUGUAUGAUUGACAGUCCAUGUGGUCAACUAAAGCCAGCGUCUCGGUCCAUAUCAUGAAGCGAGUGCGCUCGCCCCGCCCACCGCGCCUCCCCCCUUUGAAUGCCCUCGUGCUCUUAUUGUGAAAGGACGCCUUUGCUCUUUUCGUGCGUGUCCACAAUGGUGUGAUUGUUGUCUUAUUGCACGUGAUUAAUUCCAAUCCCCAUCAAAAGGCCCCCAGUGACCCCCCCCCCUCCACCGUGCACCCCCCAGGGCUUUCAAAGUCUUUUCCACCAGAAGGUCCAUGCCGCCCUUUUUUUUCAACAACUGUGGGGGCCUGGAGGACUCGUCCAACCUCGCUCAGACCAUAUGGUCUGUUUAGAACCCCCCCGCCCCCUCUUUUAUUGGACCGCGCUCUUGCGGGUUCUUUCAGUCUGCUGAUGAUAUUGUCAAGUUCUCAUGGAGAUCAACCAAGAUCCGCUCCAGCUUCUUCUCUACGGCUUCACGCUUUUCCGUCUCCUGCGUCACUUCUGAAGGCCAAUUAACUCGUGUCAAGCAUGGACGCCCACAAUGGUCCCGCCGCGAAAGAUUUCCACAGAAAAUAAUAAUACAUCAUAUUAAAUGUCAAAUCAUGAAAAUACAACUUUUGAACUAUUUUGAAUUGAUCUUGGUUAAUCGAAUGGGAAAUAUAGAAUCAGAAAUAACAUUAAUAAUGAAUAAAUAGUACAUGAAUAUAUAUUACAUGUGUGGUUAAAAUCAGAAAAAGGUAUAUUUGGGUGUGUUUGUGCAAAAGAAACAGAAAUAAUAAUUUAGUGGUGUAAAUAAAAUAGAGUAUUGAUUAUAAAUGAUGAAAAAAAAGAAUGAAAUGUUUUAUUUUGAAAAGCAGAAUAAGUUAAAACGUUUUCUUUCUUUACUCGUUUCUGUCAUGCACACGAUUGAUCUUUAUUCAUCGGGAGGUCAUGACCCCUGCAGUCACACCUCUGACCUUUGACCCCAAACAUCAACAUGAUGGAAGCGAGCGUGCGCACGGUCGUGCACGUGGAGGUGAAUGUUUUUGGAACGUGUUUGUGUCCUGUCCAAAAAGUCCCAAACAGGAAGUCCCGUAGUGAGGCGGCAUGCGAAGCCUGGAACAGGAAGUCCGGACUAGGAGGUGUUCAGGAGCGCUCUGGGACACGCCCCUUGGUAGUACGACGCCUCCAGCGACUCGACGGUCCUGGCGCCGAGGGCGGGCGCCCCCCCGGUGCCGUAGGGUGAGUACUGCAGGCUCUCGUAGGCCUUGAGGUCCAGUUUGUGGUGCUGCUCGGACGACAUGAGGUUGUUGAUGGAGAACGGGUGGUUGAAGGCGUAGUGGGCGUCGCCUUUGAGGUGCAUCUGGGCCUCGUGCACGUGCAUGUGUGCGUGCGGCGGCAGGCACAAGGACGACAGCAACUGAGAGCCUGACACCUUGGGGUCCGAGCCGGGUAGUACCGCCCGGCUGGACGAGGCCAGCGAGGGCGUGUCCGAGAGUCCGGGAGGCUUUAGGGUCUCCCUGCAAGGAGAGGCUCCGCCCCCUCGCUCCUUCCUGCCCUCCGAUUGGACCUUCUUGUCACACUUGAAGCGCUUCUGGCGCCGCAGGUAGCAACCGUUUUCAAACAUGUUGCCGGAGUCCGGGUGCAGGGUCCAGUAGGAACCCUUCCCGGGUUUGUCGGGCGAGCGCGACACUUUCACAAAGCAGUCGUUGAAGGACAGCGAGUGGCGGAUGGAGUUCUGCCAGCGCUGCUGGUUCUGCCGGUAGUACGGGAACAGGUCCAUGAUCCACUGGUAGAUCUCGCUGAGGGUCAGCAUCUUGCCGGGCGCCUGCUGGAUCGCCAUGGUGAUGAGUGAGAUGUACGAGUACGGCGGCUUGGCGUGCGGGUAGCUUCUCCUCAACGCUUUGCCGUCGCGGCCUCGGUUCAGCCCCCCGCCGCCGUACGCCGUGCCGGCGUUGACGCUCGGACUCGCGCCACCGUACGGGUUCAGGGCCAAGGAAGUCUGCUGGGCCGUCGCCGAGCUCACGCACGACGGGCUCAGAGUCCCGCCCAUUGCGCCACUGCUGAUGCUGCACACGCCCAUCCCUGACACGGGGGCGGGGCUUAUGCUGGGGCCGCCGUACGGCAUAUUGAAAGAAGUGGACGCCGUCCCGCCGCCGGACAUGUAGCCUGACACCGCACCCAUCCCGAGACCCGCCGCCAUCGGGGAGUAGACCUGAAAGCACAGGAAGUGACAACUCAUGACUUCCUGUG